AACUCCAAGUCCUUUCUUGAGUGCUCCUCUACAAAUUCUACUCGAAAUAUCGAAGAAAGGUGAUUGGAGAUACAACACCAAAGUCAGAGCAUGUCAAUUCGUUCUCCUAACAUGUCCCUUCUUCAGCCAAUAUUAAUAAGUGUUAUCGCCUUCGCUAUAGGCUAUCAAACUCGUUCUUUCUUCUCUCCUUCUCAAUCUUUUGCUUCUCCACCUCGACCAAAAUCAUCCAAAUCACGUUCAAACAAAACAAUCGAUGUCGAUCUCACAGAUGCGAACCAGCCUCGUCUGUCUGAGGGAGCUUCGGAUCCUGAGUCAGAUAGCGAAGAUGAGACUGUAGCUUUGGGAUCAGAUUUGGGGAGUGUAAAAGCUGGAAUGAUGGAAGAAAUGAAAUUGGUUUUGGUGGUUAAUGAUAGUUUGAAGAUGAGUAAAGGGAAGAUAGCUGCUCAAGCUGGACAUGCUACUUUGGCUGCUUGUGAUACUCUUAGAGGGGCUAAUCCGAGACUAUACAGAAAAUGGCAAGCACAAGGCCAACCGAAAAUCGCCGUUCGAUGUUCAUCUACCGAAGAACUCGAAUCCCUAGCUGCUCGAGCAAGAUCUCUAAACUUAUGUGCACGUAUGAUUCAAGAUGCAGGAAGAACACAAGUCGCACCUGGUUCUAAAACGAUCUUGGGGAUUGGACCCGGACCGGCCAAACUCAUCAAUCAAGUUACUGGCGCCUUGAAACUUCUAUAAUCUCACCUCUGUUAACGAAUAAUUCUGGCAUUUUACAUAUCUGUCUUGCGGACUGCGUUAAGGAGUAUAUUGCCUGAUGUCCAGUAUUUGAUAUGUGAUACAUGUCUUAC